CCAGCCAGCCAUGGGGGAUUCCUGGAGCCAUUCCUGCUUCGGCUUUCUGGAUUAUAAAACAGAGAAGUUUGCACUCACCAGGAAUAGGAAGGUCGGAGUAUUGCACCGCCUGAUCCAGCUCGGGAUCGUGGGCUACAUCCUCGGGUGGGUGUUUCUAGCCAAAAAGGGCUACCAGGAGAAAGAUACUGACCCUCACAUCUCAGUGAUCACCAAACUGAAAGGGAUUUCGGUCACACGUGUCCGAGAGCUUGGGGACCGACUCUGGGAUGUAGCAGAUUACGUGAAACCCCCUCAGGGGGAAAAUGUGUUCUUUGUGGUGACCAAUUUCAUUGCUACACCGAAGCAAGUGCAAGGAUCGUGUCCAGAGCACCCUUCCAUCCCCGAUGGGAAGUGCAGGAGAGACGAGGACUGUUUGCCAGGACAGCCGGUGGUCCACGGAAAUGGAGUAAAAACAGGGAAGUGUGUUCCAUUUGAUGAAUCCAAUAAUACCUGUGAGAUCUACGGGUGGUGUCCGGUGGAAAACAGGACUUUGUCCAGGAAACCACUCUUGGCUGAAGCGGAGAAUUUCACUCUCUUUAUUAAAAACACUGUCAACUUUAACAAGUUUAACUUCUCCAGGACAAACACGCUGAAGACGACGGACGGCUCCUACUUCAAGGGGUGUCGAUAUGAUGCCGUGGAUGACCCUUAUUGCCCCAUAUUUCGCAUUCGUGACAUGGUUGAGGCAGCUGGGGAGAGCUUUGAGGAGCUGGCUCACCAGGGGGGCGCUAUCGGCCUGCGGAUCGACUGGGAUUGUGACUUGGACCAGCCUCCAUCGUGGUGCAGGCCCGGCUAUUCCUUCACUCUGCUGGAAAAGAAAUUCAACUUCAGAACCGCUUCCUAUUAUCGGGACCCCCUGAACCGGCAGUCUCGGAGCCUGUUGAAACUCUACGGUAUCCGCUUUGACAUUUCGGUCCACGGCCAGGCUGGGAAGUUCAGCAUCAUUCCCACCGCUGUCAACUUGGGAACAGGAGCUGCCUUCCUUGGAGCUGCCGCCGUGGUUUGCGACCUCGUCCUGCUGUACCUCGAUACGAAAGCUGAAUUUUAUCGGAGCGAGAAAUACGAGGAGGCAAAGCCACCGAAAACCAAAGUUGACGCAGCCACUUAGCCCUACAGACCACGCGCAAGAGAUCUCAGGAGAGACCUAAUGUGG